UUUUCUUUUUCAUUAUUGUUUUUUUAAUUUAGUUGAUGUUAUUUCUAUUUUUUCGGUCAUUUAUUAAGAUUUUAAUUAUUAUCGCAAGAUUAUUACAAAGCAACAAAGAAACUUUAGAAAAUGAAUUAUAACACACGUCUUACGGAAGAAUGUCCGUUGACGAAGGAGAGAAGUUACAAACAUAGAAUCUAUACCUACUGUGGCAAUGGGUUGAAAUUCAUCGUCGUCUGUUUUGUCGCAUUGACUGUUGCUAUCACUACUAUGCUGGUAUUGCAGAUUCUUUAUACUGAAAAUAUACCACAGAGCAAUCUUCAUGGAAUUCAUGGAGCUGUCGCUACGGAUUAUUCUAAUUGUUCCCAAAUCGGUACCAAAAUACUAGCAAGAUUAGGUAACGCGAUAGACGCGGCGGUAGCAGCGACUAUUUGCAUGGCUCUAGUAGCGCCUCAUAAAACUGGCCUCGGCGGAGUUGGUUAUAUAAUGAUAUAUAAUUACAAAAAUUACACACAUCCAAUCGUCAUUGAUUUUACAAGAAAUACAACUACAGGUAUCUACUACAGAAAGAGACUCUUGCUCAAAGGAGAUUUCUUUGCUGAGGCUGAAAUACGUUUGCCAGCUCUAUUAAAAGGAUUAGAAUGUGCUCAAAAAUUGUAUGGCAAUCUGCCAUGGCGAGAUGUCGUAGAACCUACCAUCGAGUUAGCUCGAGAAGGAUUUGUUAUAUCUAAGGAUCUUGCAGAUGAAGUAUCAAAAAAUACAGAUUACGAGAUUUUUUACGCAGGUCCUUUAAAUCCAGGUGAUAGACUGCAAUUGGAAGAACUUACAAGGACAUUGGAUAUUGUAGCGCGUAAUGGUGUAAAAGCAUUCUAUAAUGGUACUCUAUCUUACGAAAUUUUACAAAAUACCACUCUCCGUGAAAAAUUGCUACAACAAUUAGCGAGUUAUGAACCUAUUGUAACGAUGGCAAAAAGCUCAAUAUUACAUCAUCAUACAAUUUAUUAUCCGUCGCAUGCGUCUUUUAUGCAAGAAAUAAUUGAAGCACUGGAAAAUCUUCCCAUUUUGACAGAAAAUGCGUCUACUAUAGAAUCUCAAGCUCUUGUUGCUCAGACGUUGAUGCAUGUAUAUUUGCAAUGUUCUCAAAACAUGCAACAAGAAGUAAAAAAAGAAACUUACACUGGAGUUAUGGCAAUGGAUUGGCAAGACACCUAUGUUAGCAUCUUAUCUGGUCUAAGUUCACCUUUCGGCCGUGGAAGUAAAGUGGCUGGAUUUUUCUUAGACAAUAUCAACAAUGAUUUGUCUACAUUUAUUCCCAUUAUUUUUCAUUACAAGGGAAUAUGUGGAUUACGUGGAGUAUUCGGUUCGAAAGAUGUCUUUCUCAAUGGUCAAAUCCUUUACAAUCUCAUCAUGCGCGCUCUAAACGUUUCGACUGUAGUAGAAUAUCCCAGAUAUUACUUUGCUUCCGAUGGUAUGGUGAUUGAAAAUAAUCAAAGGCAUUCGAUGGAAGCUGCAUUGCAGGCUCGAUUAUAUUCUAUGAUAUCGUCAUUAUCUCAUGAUGACAACUUGUCCAUGACAAGCGUGAAUGCAAUUGUUAAAAGGAAGGAUUCACUGUCGAGUCAUUCAGACAGUCGUGGAAAUGGAAUUGCAUCACGAUUUUAACCCAUUAUGCGCCUUGUUGAACACAUAAAUAUAAAUGAAUCUCUGAAAAUCUUGGAGAUUAUAUAAUGCUGUGAUAUUAGAGAAUAAUAUCAGACGAGCGUUUGUGAACACACUAUAAAUUUUUUAGACACCACGUAGAAAACUGGUUGCACUGUAAAUAUCAUAAAUUUAAUAUUUAAAAUAUUUAAUAUUUUAAUACUGUUUUCUUACAUGCAUCGAUAUGUACACGCAAAGAUAUUUUUGUUACGUAUACGUCGAAAACGCAUCCCUUUUGUGACACUUUUUGGGGAGUAAAAUCACUGACUUCAACACUUUAA